AUGAAGUUCUGGGGUGUGGAAGUGAAGCCGGGACAGACAGUUUAUUGCGACCCUGGUGAAGGGCGUGUUGUUCAUCUCACACAGGUUGCCCUGGGUGAAACAGAGAAAGGAAGUGCCGGCAUACUAGUAUCUGCUAAAAUUGGUGAUCAGAAGGGGGCCAUUGGAACUCUGUCGGCUGAAAAUCACCCUCAGAUUCCUUGUGAUUUGAUCUUUGAGAAACAGUUUGAGCUAUCACACAGUUCAAAAACUGCCAGUGUGUUUGCAUGUGGUUACAAGAUUUUUGUGCCUAUCUGCGAGUCUGAUUCUAGCGAGUUUGAUUCUAGCGAGUCUGAUUCUAGCGAAGAUGAAGUGGAAACUGUAAACAAUCAAGUGACCAAUCCUAUUGUUGGCAAUGUGGCAAAGCCUCCGACAACAAAGGGUGAUAAAAAGGUUACAGAUAACCUUGACAGUAGUGAGGAUGAUAGUGACUUUUCUUCUUCAGAUUCAGAUGAUGUAAGUGUGUUCGCUGAUGAUAAUUACGACGAUGAUGGGUACAGUAGCUUAGAUACCGAUUCUGAAGAAGAUGGUACCAGUAGUGAAGAGAUGGACAAAGACAUUCCUAAGCCUGAGGAUGGCAAGAAGGCGGUGGCCGAGAAUGCCUUGAAGACACCUGCCUCUGACGACACCAGUAGCAAAGAGGGUUCAAGUGAUGAGGAAAACAAAAACACUCCUGAGCCCGAGGAUGGCGAGAAGAUGGUGGCCGCCGAGACUGCCUUGGAGACACCUGCUUCAACAGCAGCAUCUGACCCUUGUGCACUACAGCCCGAGGAUGGCGAGAAGACGGUGGCCACCGAGACUGCCUUGAAGACACCUGGCUCUGACGAUACCAGUAACAAGGAGAAUACAAGUGAUCAGGAAGACAAAAACACUCCUAAGCCUGAGGUUGGCACGAAGAGGGCGGCCGAAACCGCCUUGGAGACGCCUGCUCCUGACAAGAAGGCAAAGAUUGAAACACCAUCUGGCCAGGACACAGAUGACAGGAAGACUGUCCAUGUGGCAACUCCCCAUCCAGCAAAGCAGGCCGACAAGGCGCCCGGGAACAGCAAGCCAAAUCUCAAGUCCAAAUAUGUCGGCGGCGCCCACGCCUGCAAGUCGUGCAGCAGGACAUUCGGCAGUGCUUCGGCGCUCCAGUCCCAUGAGAAGGCGAAGCACGCUUGAGCUGCUGCUGGUGGUAACAUGUUGCUGCUGAUGAUGCUGAUGCUCCGUCUCCAACUUAUAUACUCUUGUCAGCCUUAGAUUAGUCUUAGAUAGUACGUAUUGCAUAUGGUGUUGGUUCUUACAUGCCCAGUUUUGUGCCGUUCAUAUUUUUGGCAAAUCUGAUAGCUACUGAGAUGUCGGUUAAUAUUCGGGAAAGGUAUUAGUUGGGAGGUGAUAUAUGGUAAACCUGUAACUUGGAAAGCCAUGUUUUGAUGUUAUAUACCGUGUGGAAGCUCUACAUAUUCUGCAGGUCCUUUUUGCUAGUCUGCUCUGCUCGUAACAUAAUUUUUGGGGUAUGUUCUUAGUGGAUUGGGUUAAGUUCUCUCAAACACACACUAGUGUGGCUGAUAUGCCAUUGUCAAAAGGAGUUGAAUUUCACUCGUGAAACAUCUCAAUGAGACUUUGCUGGCAGCCUGCGAAAUUUGGCUUGCUGUUCGGGCACAGGCGAAUGCUGCUGGAGUGGGAAAGUUAUUGCAUGUUAAGUGUGCUCUGUAAGUGGACGCCAUAACUGUUAGCCCAGAACUACUCACUAGCACUCAAGUACACUGAUAAAUGACCGGCGGAUGAGCACACACACGUACUACUCACACACUCACUAGUGAUCACACACACACGUAGUAGCAGUAGUAGUAGUACAUAGCUCUUGAGGCUUCGAGCACACACGGUGGUACUAGGAGGAGGAAAUGUCUUGUA